AUGGCACUCAGCACUGGAACUGGAACCCAAAAGCAAACAGAGAAAAAAUUAUGUCAUGAUGUUGGCGAGAAAGGGAUUAAUAUCAAAAAACAAUUACACACACAAGUUAAAGAUGAACAACCAGAAAAUCAAACCGAGGAAACAUUCGAUUGCUUUAAUGAUGACGAACACAUUAAAAAAAUACGAACUAAAUCUGCGAGAAAUAAAUUAACAAGGCAUAAACGAAUUCAUUCCGGAGAGAAACCUUUUACAUGUGACGUUUGUCAUAAAACAUUUAACAAACAGUUCGGUUUAGAACGUCACAAACGAACACAUACUGGAAAGAAACUUUAUUCAUGCGACGUAUGUGAUAAAACAUUUAAUUAUCAAAAUAACUUGCGUGUCCAUAAAAGAAGACAUACUGGAGAGAAACCUUAUUCAUGUGGUGUAUGUGAUAAAUCAUUUAGUCAGAAAAAUAGUUUACUUAUCCAUAAACGAAUACAUACUGGAGAGAAACCUUAUGCUUGUGAUGUUUGUGGUAAAACAUAUAACAAUCAAAUCGGUUUAAAUUUUCACGGACGAAUACAUGCUGGAGAGAAACAUUCAUGCGAUGUCUGUAAUAAAACAUUUAACUGCGAAAGUUACUUAAUUGUCCAUAAACGAAUGCAUACUGGAGAAAAACCGUAUUCAUGCAACGUAUGUGAUAAAAGGUUUAGCCGGGCACAUAGUUUAGUUAGCCACAAACGAGUACAUACUGCCGACAAGCCUUAUACAUGUAACGUUUGUGAUAAAUCAUUUAAAAUCGAAUUGAAUCUACGAAACCAUAAACGAAUUCAUACCGGAGAGAAACCUUAUACAUGUGACGUCUGUAAUCAAAAAUUCAGGCUACAAAGUAGUCUACAUAGCCAUAAACGAAUACAUACUGGAGAGAAACCUUUUUCAUGUGAUUUCUGUGGUAAAUCAUUUGGCCAAAAACAUAGUUUACGAAUUCAUGAACGAAUACAUACCGGAGAGAAACCUUUUUCAUGCGACGCUUGUGAUAAAACAUUUAUCAACAACGACCAGUUACGUCUUCAUAAACGAACUCAUACUGGAGAGAAACCUUACUCAUGCGACGUAUGUGAUAAAACUUUUGGCCGACGAAAUCAUUUAAUUUGUCAUAAACGAGUACAUACUGGAGAGAAACCUUAUUCAUGUAACGUUUGUAAUAAAACAUUUAGUCGUCAAAAUAAUUUGCGUUUCCAUAAAGAAAUACAUACAGAGGAAAAACCAUAUUCGUGCGACGUAUGUAAAAAAUCAUUUUCCUGGCAAAGUAAUUUACUUUUCCAUAAACACAUACAUACUGGAACGAAACCUUAUUCAUGUGAAGUUUGUUAUAAAACAUUCAACCAGGAAGAUAGUUUACUACGCCAUAAACGAAUACAUAAUUUAAAGAAACCUUAUUCAUGUGAUGUUUGUGAUAAAUCAUUUACCCAGAAAUACAACUUAAAAUAUCAUAUACAAUUGCAUGCUGGAAAGAAACCUUAUUCAUGUAACGUUUGUGAUAGAACAUUUUCCCAAAAAUAUAACUUAAUUCGCCAUGAAAAUCUACAUAGCGGGGAGAAACCUUAUUCAUGUGACGUUUGUGAUAAAUCAUUUGCCCAGAAAACUUAUUUAGCUAAACAUAAACUAAUUCAUUCAAAUGUCUAACCAUUUUCGUUUUUAACUCACUCACACCCACUUGAUAACUAAAACAAACCCAGAAGCAUGCCCAAAUUCUGGAGCAAUACUGACCGCCCAACAUAUAAUGGUGGAAUGCGAGAGCCUCCAACAGCAAUGAAGAAUCUACCGUCUGUCAAAAAUUUUGAAAAUAUUUAUUAAUCAGGCGCAGUGUCUUUGAA